AUGGCUGAACACUUGAAAAGGCGCUUCAGAGACAGUCUGGAUGAUAUAAAAGAACGAAUGAAAGAGAAAAGAAACCAAAAAUGGAGAAAGUUGGGUAAAACUAGCCAGAUCUCCACUGUGAAGUGCAAAAGAGCAACCAACAGCUCUGCACAAUUAAGGAGCAUCCAAGCGAACAACAGAGCUUUAGCUCAGGCUUUGCAAGAAGAAAAGGUCAAACUAAAGGAUGCCCAGGCUACCAUUCUUCAUUUAAUGAAAAAGCAUCAAGAUCUGAAGGUUCAGAUGUUUGACUUGCAAAGAAAUCUUGGGCUCAAGGGAGAGCAAGAACGUGUUGAGAAUAGACUGUCAGUCUUGAAUGAGAUAAUUUCAAAAGUCUCUCUGAAUUUACUGAACUCAAUUGAUCUCCUUGGACCAGCAAAGAAUCUAUGUUCCACAGGUGUAAAGCAGAGAGUGUCGCUUUCAGUUCUUGAAGACAGUUCCAGUGUCGUAGAACGAACACAUUCAGUAGGGCCUCUACAGUGUGCUGAUGGAGAUGAUCAUGUAUUUCCAAGUGGAAUGGAGGCUGAUAGUAAUAGAAAUGAGCUGUCUCAUUCUGUGUCAGAGAUCUGUGAGGAAUCUGACAAUGCCACUUCCUUAAUCAAGACAGUUUCAGAUAAAGGACAAACAUCUGAUUUUCAUCUGGAUAACAUAGGGUUUGGUAACGUGUUACCAAAAAGCGUGUCCACCAGGUGCCGGUAUUCAAAGAUGAGAAAUGACAAUGAACUUUGCAUCAGUGUCUUGGACCAUUCAGAAGCACCUGAUUCACCAGAAGAGCCUUCUAAACAGGAUGACAUUAGACUUGAGGAAAGUCUAGAGAAGUGUACUGUAGAAAACACAGAUAUUUCUCAUGUGAAUGAAAACAAAGUAGGUUCAGAGCUGGUGUUGAGGCAGACAGAUUCUGAAACUGCACAGUUUGACUUAAUUAAUAAAUCUGAUCUUAAUAAAUCUGAUCUUAAACCAAAGUGUAAAAGCAGAGAAGACUCUCAAAUAAGAAAAGCAAAGCAUCAGAAAGGAAAACUGAAAAGGCCUAAGAGUACUUCCAGACAAAGAACACUGAAAAAGACACAGGGUAGAAAGACUUCCAAAGAAAAGCUGGAUUUUUUGGGUGGCUCCAGUGAUGCUUAUGACUUUUAUCUUGAAGAGUGUGUCCAUGUUACACCUUUUCGACAAAAUAAGGCGAAUGACAAAGACAGUGGUGUGGAUCACAAAAGAGACUCACCUGAAACUAAUACCACUGGGUCAAGUGAUACUGAAGAAGAUUUGGAUGACAGCCUCUAUGAGCCUUACAAGAAUAAAUCGAAAAAAAGGAAAAGCUCAGUGGACAAGGAAGAUGCAUCACCAGUCUAUGUGAGGCCAAGGUCUAAAAGAUGCUUGGCACAGUGUGUGCAGAAACUCUAUAAUGAAAAAGAAUCUGAAAGCAAUAAAUCAAGCGACAAGUCUAUCAGCCAGCCUUCCACGCCACCUGUUCGUCAUCUUUCUGAUGUUACCAAUACCACUUCAGCAUUUCCCAGUGCUGGGAAUGCAACUAUUGUCCAAGAAGAAGGAGCAAAAUCUCCAAAACGCAAGCGAAGCUGUACUCUUACUGUGACAUAUAAAGAGCCAAGUCUUGUAAAGAAGCUCAGGAGGGGAGAUCCAUUUACAGAUACACAUUUUCUGUGUUCUCCAGUUUUAAAGCAGCAAAAAUACUCUGUACAUCGUAAGAAAAGAGUUCUGUCAAAAUACAAUGAGAAAUUUGUUGGUUGUCGUUGAGAUUUCCAAUCAAGAUGGCAAAACCACACUCACUCCAUGAAGAAAGGAAAUCUUUCAUCCUGGAAAUCAUUGUUGCGCAAUAUCUUAUGCAAAUAUGUUACUAAUGCUAAGGACAUAAGGGGUUUUGUUUUAAUGCAGUGACUUGCUUUUAACGAUACUGAUGACAUCAACUACUUUUACAACUAAGGUGAUUCUAGUCAAACCCUUUAGAGAAGACGCAUCCCUACAUCUUGGAUCUGUGGGUACAUCAGAAACGUCUGAUGGAAAGGAUGGUAAAUAUAGUUUUAUGACAUAUACACUGCUUGACCUCUCAGUGGUUGGCAGAGGUAAACUUUAGACACUUUAAGAUCAAAUG